AUGUCCAUUAAUUUGCAUACAAAACUUAAAAAUGAUUAUUCUUAUAAAUUGAUUCAAUUGACUCCAGAUCUUUUAAAAAUAUUAACUAACAAAGAGAAUAGGAAUAGUUUACAAUUUAAAUCGGUCAGCCGAGAUUUAAAUAAUGACGAUGAAACCAACCAAAACAAUGAUGUUGUAUUGUGUUCUGAUGAUAAAACGUGGCUAAUGAGACAGAUGAACCAUUCUAAUACUGUUCUUUUAAUGAAAGAAUUUAUACCUGAUGAGGCACCUGAUUCAGACAAAGUACCAUUAUUCGGUACCAAUACCGCACCUAAUAAGGACUACUUAGGGUUUGUUAGAACUACAUUCGAAUAUGAAACACAAUUAAUUAAUAACCCAUUAGUUAAUUUGAACAACAUUCCAAUAUAUAACGGUGAAAUAGAAUUUCCAAAAAAGUCAGAAAAGUUGCAUAUAAAAGAUAAAAAAACUAUCUUAAAAAAUUCACUCUGUUCUAGAGAAGAGUUUGACCGUAGAUGGACGAAUAUUGGUGGAUGUCGUAUAAAUGGCUAUAUGUGUAUAUUGUCAUCAGAUUUUAUGUCCAAAGUGUUGCACAUCGUGUUAAUGAGCAUAAUGGCAGAAUCCCUGGAUACUAAAAAUUUAACAAUUAAAGAUAUAUACAACGCUGUUAACAAAGAUAUAAAUGAGGACCAGGAAAAUACUAAGAAUAACUUAUAUUCAAAAGAUGUUGUAGAGACAGUAAUCAAAAAGUUUAGUUUGAUGAAUAUUGAAUCAAAACAAGAAACUUGGAGAUUAAAUAUGAAAGAAAUAGUGAUGUGGUAUGGUAUAAAUGCUUUAAAAAAAUAUGUUUCCAAGAAAAGUAUGUCACAAGAUGAAUUUUUGAUCAAAUGGAAAUCAUUAUUUCCACCUUAUUUCCCAAGUGAAAUGGAUUUACAAUUACUGGCCGGUUGGUAUUAUAGACCGUCAUCGAAUUCUAUCCAAUACAUAUCGAAAGAUAUACUACCCAACGACAUUAAAGAUAGGUUCAAAAUGCUUUUCAAGUUGCAAUCACAGUGGCAACAAGAAGAUAUUGUGCCAUUUAUUGAAGAAUUUAACACGAAAAAUUUAAAGAUAGAUAGUUUUAUUAUGAAAUUCUCCAGGCGUAAAAGAAUUGGUAACAAAUUCAUUAUUAGUAGCAGAUAA